CCCACCCUUAGGUUUAUCUGCAGUGUCUUUCCCAACAACCACCGCCUAGCUGCACAUAUUUAAAGGUUCGUCGUGCGAGCCGCGCGGAUCUCCAGCACGGUUCGACAGUCGAAAACGAAGGUCGUCGGCUAUGCCGCAAUAUUAUUACCACCUCAAAUUCGAGCUGUACCCCACGCCCGAUCCAACAGCGAGCGCUGCCGCCGCCCCAGCCGACAACGACGACCGAGGUUGCAGCAUCAACCCCGCGAACAACGACAUCUGGGUGCCCGCGCCUGGCGCAAGUGUCUUUGACGACCUGCCUGCGCACCAACCGCGCACCCGCCAACCCACGUCGCAGGGACGUCACGCACCAUCGUCAACCUACGGCGACGACGGUAGAUACCGCGAGCCUGACGACGGGUGGUACGCCGCCGCGAGCGCUGCCGCGGCCGCGAACUCGCGGGUCAUCGACUGCGGCGGCUACCGCGGCACGACGCACGACACCGACGGCAUCCUGGGCGAUCGCCACAACGGCGUCGACGGCGACAGCGACAGCGGCAGUGGGCGUCUAGUGGUGCGGCUCAGCGAGCGGCAGUACCGCGCCCGCGCACAGGACACGUCGCCGCCGCCGCGGGUGGCCAACGGGAUUGGUCCGCACACGGCCGUGCGGGACUGGCGGUUUGGGCGCAUCAAUAUCGAGAGCUACGAUCUUGUCCGGCCGGCCGGGAGCGGGGGUACGUCGCAGCAUUCCCAUCAUCAUCAUCAUCAUCAUCCCGGUGCUGUGACGAUGGCCGGGAAGCCCGGGGAGGCUGGGCAGACGGAGGCUGCCACGCCUGCGGCAAGCCUGGGCCCGAAUCUGGGCGGCAUGGGCCAGGCGACCAAGGCGAGGUAUAUCCCGCUGGAGACGAAGAAUACGGAGGCUGGGUGGGGGAUUGUGCAUCUCUACCGCGAGGCAGAUGAGUCAAGUGCGUUGAGGGAGCUGCCGGAGGUUGGGGAUGGGCCCAGGGAAGGUGAUAGUCGCGCCGGGGGAAGUGAGGAAGAGGGCACGAUCCUGUGCAUUCCGGCUGUGCCCAGCUACAUGUCGCCGAGCGACUUCUUGGGGUUUGUUGGAGAGAAGUGGAGGGGCGAUGUCAGUCACUACCGGAUGGUCAUGACGAGCAAGAUGAGUCGGUAUAUGGUUCUCAUGAAGUUUCGGGACCGCAGGAGGGCGCGAGAGUGGCGGAAGGAGUUCAACGGCAAGCCGUUUGACAGCGUAGAGACCGAGAUCUGCCAUGUCACAUUCAUCAAGUCCAUCACGGUCGAGACACCGAGCCAGACAAGGUCCCAAAGGAAAGCCUCGGAGGGCAACGACGACCGCUUCUCGGCCGCAUCUCCCGUCAACUCGCUGAAGCCUUUCCCACCGCCGACGCCAAAUCUCAUCGAGCUCCCGACCUGCGCCGUGUGCCUCGAACGGAUGGACGACACCACCGGCCUGAUGACGAUUCUCUGCCAGCACGUCUUCCACUGCACCUGUCUGCAGACAUGGAAAGGUUCGGGCUGCCCCGUCUGCCGGGCAACGAACCCCAAGCCUACCCAGGACGACUACGACCCGGACAAUCCAUACUCACGGCCGUUCGGCUCCGGCGUGGCCAACAUCUGCAACAACUGCAACUGCACCGACGACCUCUGGAUCUGCCUCAUCUGCGGCAACGUCGGCUGCGGGCGCUACAACGGCGGACACGCGAAGGAGCACUGGAAGCUGACGGCGCACAGUUUCAGCCUCGAGCUGGAGACGCAGCACGUCUGGGACUAUGCGGGCGACAUGUGGGUGCACCGGCUGAUCCGCGACAAGGGCGACGGGAAGGUGGUCGAGCUGCCGAGUCACACCCCGCAUCACGACCGCCAAGCCGGGGCGGCGCAGGAGGACGUCGUCCCGCGCGCCAAGCUCGACAGCAUCGGGAUGGAGUACACGCACCUGCUCACCAGCCAGCUCGAGAGCCAGCGGAUCUACUUCGAGGAGAUGGUCAACAAGGCGGCCGACAAGGCGGCCAAGGCGUCGGCGGCGGCGGAGGCCGCCUCGGCGCAGGCCGGCGAGGCGCUCGCGCAGCUCGCCGCGCUGCGCGAGGAGCACCGCGCGCUCAAGGACGAGACCGUCCCGUCGCUGGAGCGGGAGCUGGCGCGCGAGAAGGCGCGCGCGGCCAAGUCGGCGGAGCUGGCGCGCAGCCUGGGCAAGGCGCUGCAGGAGGAGAAGGAGGUCAGCGCGGGGCUGAUGAAGCGCAUCGAGCACCUGCAGGGCGAGGCCGCGGGGGCGACCAAGGCGGCGGAGCAGCUGCGGGCGGAGAAUGAGGAGCUCAAGGAGAUGAACCGCGAUCUGAGCAUGUUCAUCAGCGGGCAGGAGAAGCUGCGAGAGCUGGAGAAGGAGGGGGCGGUUGGGCAGGGGGAGCUGGAGCAGGGCGUGGUCGGCGUUCCCGAGGGGUCGUCGGGCAGUCGGAGGAAGGGGAAAGGCAGGGCGAAGAAGUGAGGAUCACUAUCGGCUUUUGCGGCGGUCUGA